AUGACCGUUCCGUAUAGAGACUUGCAACCAGCCAAGCUCCUGGCGGGUUUUGAGAAUCCGGGGAGCAAUCUCAUGGUUAAUACUGAUGUUGCGGUACAGCGUGCUUCCGAGAUAGGCGAUAUUCACCACAGUGUUGGCCUCGACGCCAUUGACAAUGACCCAGAAAGCACUAUAGACAAACUGGGUCGAAUGUUGUGCAUGAUUAUUGAUUAG